AUGGCUACUACAACAAUCAACCCAAAAGCUUUCCCACUUGCGGACGCUGAAUUGACGAAUCAGAUUCUAGAUCUGGUCCAACAAGCAAUGCACUAUAAACAGUUAAAAAAAGGUGCUAACGAAGCUACGAAAACGCUUAAUCGUGGCAUGUCAGAAUUUAUUGUAAUGACGGCUGACGCACAACCGAUAGAGAUUUUAUUACAUCUACCAUUAUUAUGUGAAGAUAAAAACGUUCCGUAUGUUUUUGUCCCUUCAAAAACCGCUCUUGGCCGUGCUUGUGGUGUUUCUCGUGCUGUUAUUGCUGCUUCAAUUACCAAUAAUGAAGCUUCUGAACUUAGACCUCAAAUUCAAGCUAUCAAAUCUCAAAUCGAAAGAUUAUUAAUAUGA